GAGGAGGCUGUCGUUGCGGCCACUGGGGCCGGGAGCUGGGGGGCUGUCUCCGAGGCCGGGCGGGGCCGGGGCAUGGGCAGCGGGCGAGGGACUAUGAGCGGGUGUCUUCGGCAAGGGUCCCUUCCGGGGUGGGGUCACCCGGAAGCGGAAGAGGACAAGGGCUGCCUACUGUCCGCCUGGCUGUCUGGGGGAGCGGCAGCGGCAGGAGGUGGCGUCGGCGGCCCCUCGCAGCUCGUGGCCCGCGCGCCGCUGGACUCCGCGUCGGCACGGCCGUUGUUCCCCGCUUCAGCCCGGACGGGGCGGAGAGUGAGGGGCCGCGGGCGGGCUAGAAUGGAAGAAUCUCACUUCAACUCCUCUCCGUAUUUCUGGCCUGCGGUGCCCACGGUCUCUGGACAGAUUGACAACAGCAUGUUCAUUAACAAGAUGAAGGAGCAACUGUUACCGGCAGAAAAAAGCUGUGGUCUGGCUCCCCCUCACUAUCCCACCCUGUUGACUGUCCCCACUUCUGCAGCCCUGUCGACCAGCAUCUCUAUGGAGUCUGACACCAAGCCAGAACAGCUUACCCCGCACAGUCAAGCACCUGUGACACAAAACAUCACUGUGGUGCCUGUACAGUCUACUGGGCUCAUGACAACAGGCCCUGGUCUGGUGAUCACUUCUCCCUCUGGUUCGUUGGUGACCACAGCCUCUUCCAUACAAACCUUCCCCAUCUCGGCACCCAUGAUUGUCUCAGCCCUUCCACCCGGUUCCCAGGCUGCCCUCCAGGUCAUCCCGGAUCUUUCCAAAAAGGGGGCCGGCGCCCUUUCUGAGGGAGGGCCAGCAAGCGGCACUGGAGGCAUCACUCCCAAAGCACCCCGAGGUCGGAAAAAGAAGCGGCUGCAGGAGUCUGGCUUGCCAGAGAUGAGCGAUCCUUUUGUGCUGUCAAAUGAGGAUGAUGACGACCAGCACAAAGAUGGGAAGACGUACAGGUGCCGGAUGUGUUCCCUGACCUUCUACUCCAAGUCAGAGAUGCAGAUCCACUCCAAAUCCCACACAGAGGCCAAGCCCCACAAGUGCCCCCACUGCUCCAAGAGCUUUGCCAACAGCUCCUACCUGGCCCAGCACAUACGUAUCCACUCGGGGGCCAAACCCUACACCUGCAGCUACUGCCAGAAAGCGUUCCGCCAGCUCUCCCACCUACAGCAGCACACACGGAUCCACUCCAAGCUCCACACGGCGACUGUCAAGCCGCACAAGUGCCCUCACUGCUCCAAGAGCUUCGCCAACACGUCCUACCUGGCCCAGCACCUCCGCAUCCACUCGGGGGUCAAACCCUACACGUGCCGUUACUGCCAGAAGGCGUUCCGCCAGCUCUCCCACCUGCAGCAGCACACACGGAUCCAUACUGGAGACCGGCCCUACAAAUGCGCUCACCCAGGGUGUGAGAAGGCUUUCACACAACUCUCCAAUCUUCAGUCUCACAGACGGCAACACAACAAAGACAAACCAUUCAAGUGCCACAAUUGCCACCGUGCAUACACAGACGCUCCCUCACUAGAGGUUCAUCUGGCCACCCACACAGUGAAGCACGCCAAGAUCUACAACUGCUCCAUGUGCAAUCGGGCCUACACCUCGGAGACGUAUUUGAUGAAGCACAUGCGGAAACACAAUAUCCCCGAUCCCCAGCAGCAGGUGGCCCAGGUGCAGGCCCAGGUGCAGGCCCAGGUGCAAGCGCAGGUGCAAGCGCAGGUGCAGGCUCAAACGCAGGCGUCGCAGCAGCAGCAACAGCAGCAGCAGCAACAGCAGCCGCACUUCCAGUCGCAGGGUGGCGGGGCGGCGGGUGGCCCGUCAGGGGACAACCCUCCCAACCCCCCGCCCCAGUGUUCCUUUGACCUUUCCCCUUACAAGACAUCAGAGCAUCACAAGGACAUCUGUCUCACAGUUAGCACCAGCGCCAUCCAAGUGGAACACCUGUCUAGCUCCUAGAGACCUUGGCAGAAGGCAGUGGAAAACCUCUGGCACAGUGCCUCUGCUUUGGGGCGCGUUCCCUGUGCGAUGGCCUCUUCUGAUGCGACCGCCUCUGGCCUCUCCUAUUACAGCUUCCCUUUGGGGGAGGGGAAUGGGUGGGUUAGAUCCAUUUAUCAACCCCCUCUAGGCGACCGCCCUGAAGGCCUCCAGGAGCUCAGCGGCGUGUCUUGGAUGGGGGAAGGGAGCUCCCUUCUUGUCGGGGAGGGGGAGUCCUUUCCUUUGGCAAGUGUCUUUGGUUUGUCAAAGGAAGGCCUCCCCCCAUUUUUUGUCUCCUUUUUUCAAGGUGAAAGCACCCCCGUCUCCCUUCUGGUACCUGAUGAGGAACGAGGGGAGGCUAACGGACGGGAGGGACUUCAACAUUGGCUGGUUGCUGAGUACUGAGGGCACGCAACAGGGAGAUUCCUGAAGGGUGUCGAGUGGAGAAAAGUGGCUCUUUCCCCCCCCACACCUCUCCCUUCUUUAUGAGGGGGAGGAGGAAUUACCGCUCCAGGGCCACACGCCAGAUAUACUCAUUGCGCAGAACCACAGGGACAUGGAAAUGAGGGAUAUUGCCAGGGCUGGAGACCUGCCUGGACUUGUGUCAGCUUUCUUGACCAUUGCGGAGGCCUGUGUUGGGGCUGCUGCCCUCCCCAUCCCCCAGCGUAAUCUGAACGGAAUCGGAGGGGGCGGGAAAGAAUGCAGCUCCCGCACCCCUUUUGCGGCUCCCGCAGCAUCCCAAAAUGGCAGAGUCCAUUAAAAAAAAAAGUCGGCAGUAAAGAGUGCCAAAAUGAACGUGGUCCCCGCUCUUUCUCUCCCAGAGAAAGGGGCAAAAGCGGUGGUCCUGCCAUCUUCCUCCCCCCCAAGCUGCUACCCCCUUGUUGGCUAAAAGGAGAUCAUUUCGUGGGGCCAGCGGGGAAGGGAACUGUUCCACUGCUGCUCGCCUGGUGGCAGAUUGUCCAGAAGCUUCCUUCACUUUCCACAUUGCCAUGGCAGAUGGGACUCGUGGGGGGCCCACAGUGGUCCCCGUGGACAGCAGGAGCCCGAGGAAUCUUCUGGAGGGGGGAACGCUAGAAGAAGGAAGAUGGCAGAAGAGAUCCUUCCCCACCCCGCGCAGAGACCAAUGAUAAGGGGGAGUACUUAAAAGACUUAAGCCCGCACCCCAUUGAUUUGAUAUAUAUCUAUAGAUAUAUAUAUAGAUAUCUAUUCACACCCCUUACCCAGCCUGCUCUGUUCCUUGCUGUAACUGUUUCUAUCUGUGUUUAUAAAAUGCAUUAUCCUUGGAAUUUUUUUUAAAAAAAUAUUCAAUCCUUCGUUUUUAAAGUCCCCCCUCCCCACCCAACUGUUUGCUGUUUUCAUCAAAUUAUGUCCCUGGUUUUUCUUUUGCUUCCUUCCUCUCCCUCACUGCCCCUCCCUCCCCAAUUUUUAAUAUUGUGGUUCCCUACGCCAUCAUUUCAAUAUUCUGCAUCUCGCUUGGAUGACAGAGGGCAGAAAACGGGACAGGAAAACAAAUCUAAUUGACUUUCGAGGCAAGUGAAAUAAAUAAAGAUCCCUAGCGAGCAUACCAGUGCUGGGGGGAGGGGGGGUGUUUAAUAUUGGUGCAUCAAAAUAAAUGGGUUCUGAGAUAUAUAUAUUUUUUCCCCUGUGUGAAUAAUAUUUUCAGCAGUUGGCAGAAGCUGUGCGCACUCAAGGCGAGAGGGGUGAAGGUAGUGGGUUGCCUAUUCUUUUUAACUCUACAGCCAUCAGAGAGCCAGUCCUGUGAGGGUAUCGUGGUCCACCUUCUAUUUAUCCGGCCCUGCUGGUGCCAGCGCUGAAAACAACAGCCAUACAGUGACAAGCUCCGUAAUCAACUGAGAGCCUGCUUGGACAGUCCAAUACCAAGUGGUUCCCCGGCAUCCUUCCCCCCCAACACUUCUCUGAGUAUAGAAAGAGCAGCUGACCUUUGGCAGCCCUGGCAAGGGGCUUCUAAGGCACGUGAACAGCAGAGAUGGGCUGGCCAUUGCCUUCCUCUACAGAGCCUUCCUUGGUGGUGUCCCAUCUGAGUACUGACCCUGCUUAGCUUCUGAGAUCAGGCUGUAUCACACUACUUUCCCUCCCCCUCUACACUAGGCACUACUUAAAUGGACCAGGUGGUUAAAUAUCUCAUGAUAGUGGUUUAACUGUGGGGUGUGUGGAUGAAUUUUGCGUGUCUGUUUGCACUGCCUCUGUGUCAGGCACGAGUGUGACUGUUACAAAAUGUCUCUGCCCUUCGGCAGUGGGUGCAUGCGUGUCUGCUGGAGUCCUGCAUUUUUCUGCAUCUUUGGGCAUGAAUUACCUGGCCUCAAGGUAGCUUUGUGUUUGCCCUUGUUGUUGUGAGCACUUGGGAGUUGCAAGAAUUACCCUGCCCCCUUUUUCCUGUACAAUAGGGAAGGGCAUACCAAGAUUUUGCAAAGCAGCUUGCGUGGCAAUAUGGUCCAUUCCCCAUUUAACACACACCUUAUCCAUCCCCCGCUUCUUUGUGCUUGGGCACUUUUGGCCGCAGAUGCUCGGGGAUGGGAGAAUCUGUUCUGCUGAGCCUGAGUGGCAGAGGCUCUCUCCUUUAUCUUGGGGGACAGAGUGAGGGCUUGGUGAGCCAUGGGCAGUCCAAUACCGAGUGGUUUUUUCCCUGACAGAGACUCAAAAACUCUGCAGUUGCCUACAGAGGAUGGAUUGGACCUUGUGGGUCUGUUCCGCUAGCAGAGGUGCUUUCUUCCAGCCAAAGACCAUCAAGGUGACUUUUCAAAGCCUUGAAAGGGGGGUAUUCGAGAACCACUGGUGGUUGUGAGACAUGUUCAUCCCCCCUUCCCCGCUCCUUUUCAUACAGCCCUGGGUCAAACAGGUUUUUCAAUCUUCUGUAGAGGACCACUGAUGGGGGGGAGGGGCAUUGCUUGGGUGUAUACAGCAGGCACCAGUGGAUCUCUUGCUUGAUUUUGGAGAUUUGAAGGAGGUGUAGACUGUUGUACCAAGUUUUUUAAAAGGCGAAAGUUGUUUUGGGGACAGUCUCCCAUGCCUGAGAGAAGAUGAGGAUACUUGCCUCCCUGUGAACUGUGAGCCUUUUGGUGCUUUCUCGGUAAGGGUGAAUUUGCUGUCACAAGCAGAUGCCCCCUUGCUCUUGCGCCAGGACUGUUGUGUGGCUGAGAAUGUUGUGCUCUGAGUGUCCAGGUAACAGGACCUUCAAUCUGGUUUCUCCUCAGACCGUAUCGAUCUUUCAACUUUUACCAAAGAAUUGCCCUCCCCUUGAGAUUGCUGAGCCCUCCGUGGUCCCAGAAUCUAGUGUGAGAAUUGCACCUUUCUUGAGAUUUGAACAAAUUGGCGAGCCGUCUGAGGGCCCUGGCUGGGUUGUGAGUCACAUCUGGGUGUAAAAAUGUGUGCGCUGCUGUUGGAAUGCUGCAGUCCAUCACACUUGAAAAGCAUAUGGACUGAGAUGAUAGUUUGCCUGUGUGUGAAAAUCUUCUUUCCUUGGUGACCACUUCUCCCCACCCUUUAUCCUGACUCUUUUAAACACAAACAAACACACACACUCACACACACCCCCCCCCCCCCCAAGCUAUUCCAGACGGGAGACAUUUGAGGAAAACGGAUUGUAGGAUAUGGAGGUAAGAAAACACAAAUUUAAGUUGAAUAUAAAGUGCUGGUCCCUAGGUACAGUCUUAAGGUCGCUAACAAAUGUACACUGAAUCAAGAAAUGCCAAAUAUUUAAGGCACUGGCUGAUUUUAGCAGGUUACUGGAUUUUUUCCCCAUCUUCAGUGAAAAAGAAACUUGCUGGCAGAAUGCAGGCAAUUUCCUGUUCGGUCAUACCUUCUGAAAUUACCACAUCAGUUCAGUGUGGGUAACUAAGCUGCUCUGCAAACCUUUCUUGUUGCAUUUCUUGAGGGAGGAGAAGUGGGGGCAUUUUUUUAAUUUCCAACCUUACUAUUGCAUCAGAACUUUUUUGUAUUUCAUUUCAUUACUUUUUUAAAAAAAUAAUAAACUUCAAAAACCCUCUUAACUCAUGGAA